ACGGUACAACGAAGAGAGGCGCUAAGUAUUAUACCUCGUAUUAGUUGUCUCAAGCCGCCUAUCAAUCGACAAAGCGAUGAACUCAGUUAACCUUGAACCUGUCAGCCUUGAAACAUCACUUCUUGACGAUGCAAUUCGCCAGUCGAUGCCUGUGGGUUUUUUUAGGCAAAUGGAGCAUGACGUCGAGAGUUCGCACGUCGACAUGGUAGGAGCAACAAAGCACAGCAUGCCAUACGUGGCAGAAACGACUCUUUUGGAGACUCUUAGAGGACACAACGCUAUCCUAGGUGCCAUCCAGGAAACUGUUGAUCGACACGACGAGUUACUUGAAUCAGCCCGCCACGAGAUGAAACAGUUGCGUGAAUUCUUAGCUGCGGUUGAGCGAAGCACCAGGAAGCAAUCCGAAGAGCUUGCUGGGACACGGCAGCAAUUGAUUGAUAAUAGAGAUCAAAUCUCAGUGUUGCAAGGCAGACUUUCAACUUUCAAGGAUCUAGAGGACAAAGUGUGCAGUCAAGACGGGCAAAUCACCGCGCUUCAGAAGCUGGCAAAUGACAUGGACGCACGGUUUACAAGACGUUUUGAAGGAACCCAAACAUUCCUAUCAAAGGUGGACAUGCGUUUGGGGACUGUUGAAGAAGUUGUAUCACAUUUACAAGCCCGUGUAGCCAAGCUAAAAGAGAACUUGUUGGUUCCUGCGCAGAACGUGACACUACCGACGGAACUACAAGCUGAUCUGACUGGAAACGUAGACGACAGAGGCUCUCAGUUGACUCACCUGCUAGCAAGUUUCCGGGAUCAAUUAGAAAUCCACGAGGCCGAUGUUGAGCGUCAGCGCAAGAUGCUGCAAGAUCAUGCUAUAGCCAUCAGUGGUAAAGCCUCAAUAGAAAUUGAAAAUAUCGUUCACUCCCAUUCAUUGCAUCUAGAAGGAGUUCAGGCAAAAAUCGAUGCAAAUGCAGAGUGUCAUUUACCAUCUAUGUUGGCCGCAAUCGAUGAAGCAGAAAAACAGCUUGUAGAUAUCCUGAACCAGCUCAAGUACAAAGUUUCUUAUGAAGAUGUGGACGUCAAGGUGGAAGCCAGAUUUGGUGAGAUAUUAGUGUACCUACAAUCGGCGUUACACGCCACAGAAGCUGAUGACGACGAUGUCCGCCGAGAAACGUCCCAGUUGCGACGCGGCCUGGAUGAAAUGCGCACGAUCAAGGCAGACAGGGGUGACCUAGCUCAAAUUCGUUCCCAGAUUGCUUCGCAAGUUGAUGAUAUCAUGAGUGCCAAUGAAAUCAAGAAUUUCAAGCAUGAGCUAGACACCCGUCCAAAGCGAGCUGAAAUCCUCGACUUACUUGCCAAGAAAACUUCGUUUUGGGACCUUAAACAGAGUCUUGAUGCAGCCUUGGGAGACAGAAUGCAAAAAAGCAACACCUCCGACAGCAAUGCUGCUGCUAUUGUGUCAAGGGAGCCUAAGCAAGCCCAUGCGCCACUUCUGGAAUUUACCAAAAAGCAUCCUCUCAAUUUUCUGGGGCAGUGCGUCUCGUGUGAAGCUUCAUUGAAUCACACAGAUCGGCCUAACAAAAUCCCGGGUAUCAAGCCCCUUUAUAUCUCAGGCAUAACUCCUGCUACCUUGGUGAGCCGCAAUACUAGUCAACGAGAAGGGCGGUGA